CAAAUUUUCCUAUAAUAGGGCCCAACAUCAUUUCUUCCUAUGAGGGCCGGGCCUUAUAACUUUCCCAUCUUCCCAAAACUACUUUGUCCAAAAUAUUUAAUAACCGCUUCCUCUUCUUUAACUGUGGAGGCAGCAAAUCGGAAAUUUCUCUGCGCAAGUAGGGCAUAUAAAAAUCUAAUUCUCAAGUAAUUUCUCAGAGGAAUUUCAAUUGAAUUUGUUGUAGCUUUCUGCUGCAAUUAACACACUUGUUACAUAUGAAGCUGUCAAAACCGGUGAACGUCAAGCGCGAUAAAAGUCGAAGAACGAAAGAUUGGUUCGCCUCCAUCACCGAUGAUCGGGCCAAAUUAGUGAUUCCAAUUGGACCUCGUUUCCAGGCUGAUUUACCACCUUGUACUCCUCGAUUUUCCAAGACCGACUCAACUAUUGUUGAGAGUGAGUCGGAUACAACAAAGUGGUUAGGCACCACAUCAUGGCCAAUGGGAAAACAUGAAGAUAUGAAAGACGACACGGUCGGUAAGGGGAGAUCCGAGAUUUGUGAGUGUGUAUCCCCCGGAUCAAUAGAAUGUGUUAGGCAACACGUAUCCGAAAAAAAAUUGCAACUUCAAAUUGAAUUGGGCCCCACCUUUUGGAAAUGGAAAUUUGAUGUCAUGGGAGAGGAUGUUUCUAAAUUAUGGAAUCUAGAGGAACAAAAGAAAUUUGAAUAUAUUGUGAAAGUGAAUGCAACAUCACAAGGUGGAAACUUCGUGAAGUCCGCCUUAGAAUGUUUUCCAAUCCAAAGCAAAGAGAGCAUAGUGAGCUAUUACCUAAAUGUGUAUAUCCCAAGGCGAAUUAGUGUCCGAACUAGGUCGGGUUGUAAAAUUGUCGACACGGAUGAUGAAACCGAGGACAUGCCAUGUCGCAAGGGGUCCCGUAAAAGAUUUCAAGCCAAUAGUUUCGCUUCAAGCAAUUCCAAGUACACAAAGACGACGUACUUGAGAACCCACCCAUGACUUCGCUAGCUCUUCGCUAGUUUUCAGGUAAAAUUAAGAUUGUUGGUUUUUUUUUUUGGGUUAAUAUGUUGAACUAAUUUUAUGAAAGAAAUGUUAAGUUGGGAGUGUGAACUUGGAAAGUAAAUUGCAUGAAGAAAUUUCGGAGAGGAUAUAUAUAGGGGUUGAUUGUCGGACAAUCGAUUGCUCUAUAUCGUCCUCUACCAAUUUUCAAUGGAAGUUCUUAUACCAAACGGUUCGGUAGAUUAUCGUACCGUAUUGAAGUUUUUUUAUA